CCGCUGCCCGCCCCGCGCGCCGCCCUCUCGGGACUGAAUCGGUUGCGUUCCUCUCGGAACGCGCCGCUGAGCCAGGUUCCUGGUGACGACUGCCGAGUUCGCUCGCUCAGUCCACUCGCCAGCCCGCCGCCCGCCGCCGCCGCGGUACCCCGCAAACCCGCCCCUCUCUUGUGCCAGAAACUUACCACCACCACCACCACCACCACCACCAUGCCCUACCCAUACCCAGCGCUGACCCCGGAGCAGAAGAAGGAGCUCUCUGACAUCGCUCAUCGCAUCGUGGCUCCGGGCAAGGGCAUCCUGGCUGCAGAUGAGUCCACCGGAAGCAUUGCCAAGCGGCUGCAGUCCAUCGGCACCGAGAACACCGAGGAGAACCGGCGCUUCUACCGCCAACUGCUGCUGACCGCUGACGACCGUGUGAACCCCUGCAUUGGCGGUGUCAUCCUCUUCCAUGAGACGCUCUACCAGAAGGCAGAUGAUGGACGUCCCUUCCCCCAAGUCAUCAAAGCCAAGGGCGGUGUUGUAGGCAUCAAGGUAGACAAGGGCGUGGUACCCCUGGCAGGAACAAAUGGCGAGACCACCACCCAAGGGCUGGAUGGGCUGUCUGAGCGCUGUGCCCAGUACAAGAAAGAUGGAGCUGACUUUGCCAAGUGGCGCUGUGUGCUGAAGAUCGGGGAGCAUACCCCCUCCGCCCUUGCCAUUUUGGAGAAUGCCAACGUGCUGGCCCGUUAUGCCAGCAUCUGUCAGCAGAAUGGCAUUGUGCCCAUCGUGGAGCCAGAGAUCCUCCCCGAUGGGGACCAUGACUUGAAACGCUGUCAGUAUGUAACCGAGAAGGUGCUGGCUGCUGUUUACAAGGCUCUGAGUGACCACCAUGUCUACCUGGAAGGCACUUUGCUGAAGCCCAAUAUGGUAACCCCAGGCCACGCCUGCACCCAGAAGUUUUCUCACGAGGAGAUUGCCAUGGCAACCGUCACAGCGCUGCGCCGCACGGUGCCCCCUGCUGUCACUGGAGUCACCUUCCUGUCUGGAGGCCAGAGUGAGGAGGAGGCAUCCAUCAACCUCAACGCCAUCAACAAGUGCCCCCUGCUGAAGCCCUGGGCCCUGACCUUCUCUUAUGGCCGAGCCCUGCAGGCCUCUGCCCUGAAGGCCUGGGGUGGGAAGAAGGAGAACCUGAAGGCUGCCCAGGAAGAGUAUGUCAAGCGAGCCCUGGCCAACAGUCUCGCCUGCCAAGGAAAGUACACCCCAAGCGGCCAGGCUGGGGCCGCAGCCAGCGAGUCCCUCUUCAUCUCUAACCAUGCCUACUAAGCAGAGGUGUUCUAAGGCUGCCCCCUCAACACUCCAGGCCCCUUCCCCCUCCUCCACUCACUCUUGAGGAGGGGCUUCAUCCGGGCCUCCAGGCUGCUCUUUCCCAUGACUCUUUUGCUUCCCUCGUGAUACUGGUGCGUGGUGUUGUCUGUAUAUGCUAAUUCCAUCCUUUCCAGCCCACUGCCAAUAAACAACUAUUUAAGGGGGAA